CGGGUCGCGGCGGGCGUGCAGCGAGCUCCGUAGAGAGCCGUGGGUAGCUCGCCUGCUCACGCCUGAGUCGAGCGCGGACCUCCCUGCCAUGCUCGCUGCGUUGGGCUCGGUGGCGGCCGCCACCUGGACAGUGCUCCAUCCGCGCACCCUCCUGCUGGGUGCCGUCGCCUUUCUAUUCUUUGCUGAUUUCCUCAAAAGGCGGCACCGGAGAAACUACCCGCCGGGGCCCCCGAGCCUCCCCAUCUUUGGCAACUUUUUCCAACUGGACUUUAAGCAGAAUCACCUGGAGUUUCAGCGGCUUGUGAAGAAAUAUGGGAACAUUUUUAGCUUCCAGUUUGGUGCCUUGUCUUCAGUUGUGAUAACUGGAUUGCCCUUAAUCAAAGAAGUGCUCGUCCACCAGGCCCAAAUAUUUGUGAACCGCCCUGUAACACCUAUCCGAGAACGUGUCUUUAAGGAAAAAGGGGUGAUCAUGUCCAAUGGCCAGGUGUGGAAGGAACAAAGAAGGUUCACACUGAUGACACUAAGAAACUUUGGUUUAGGAAAGAAGAGCUUAGAGGAACGCAUUCAGGAGGAGGCCCAGCACCUCAUCCAGGCUAUAGAAGAGGAGAAGGGGCAGCCUUUUAAUCCUCACUUCAAGAUCAACAAUGCUGUUUCCAAUAUAAUUUGCUCCAUCACCUUUGGAGAGCGCUUUGAGUACCAAGAUGAUCAAUUUCAGGAAUUGCUGAGGUUACUGGAUGAGGUUGUAUGUCUGGAGCCCUCAAUGUGGUGCCAGCUCUAUAACGUCUUUCCAUGGAUUAUGAAAUUCCUUCCUGGACCCCACCAAACACUCUUUAGCAACUGGGAGAAACUGAAAUUGUUCAUUGCUCAUAUGAUUGAAGAUCACAAGAAAGAUUGGAAUCCUGUUGAAACAAGGGACUUUAUUGAUGCUUUCCUCAAGGAAAUAGAAAAGUAUUCGGGCAAUGCUACCUCAAGUUUCAAUGAGGAAAACCUCAUCUACACCACCCUGGACCUGUUCUUUGCUGGAACUGAGACAACUUCAACGACACUGCGCUGGGGUCUGCUUUACCUGGCCCUCAACCCAGGACUCCAAGAGAAAGUGCAAGCUGAGAUCGACAGAGUGCUUGGUCAGUCACAGCAGCCGAGUACAGCUGCUCGAGAGUCCAUGCCCUACACCAACGCCUUCAUCCACGAGGUGCAAAGAAUGGGAAACAUAAUCCCUUUGAAUGUGCCCAGGGAAGUGACAGUUGAUACCACCGUCGCUGGGUACCACCUGCCCAAGGGGACCAUCGUCCUGACCAAUCUGACGGCACUGCACAGGGACCCCGCAGAGUGGGCCACCCCCGACACCUUCAAUCCAGAGCAUUUUCUGGAGAACGGACAGUUUAAGAGAAGGGAAGCCUUUCUGCCUUUCUCAGUAGGAAAGCGCGUAUGCCUUGGAGAACAGUUGGCCAAGUCUGAGCUGUUCAUUUUCUUCACUUCCCUGGUGCAAAAAUUUACCUUCAAGCCCCCGGACAACGAGAAGCUGAGCCUGAAGUUCAGAAUGGGCCUCACCCUCUCCCCAGUCAACCACCGCAUCUGCGCGGUCCCUCGGCCGUGAUCGUGAAGUUGUCGGGGAGGGAGAGGAGGCAGGAAAGCAGGAGUCAGCAUGUCUCUGGAGGCACCGGUGCCUGCUCAGAGGAGGAAGGAAAGGGGCUCUGCAGAAAGAUGGUAGGACUUGGACUCCGAGGAAACGGGAUCCAAAUCCCAGCUUUGCCAUCUCCCAUAUAGCCUUGAGCAAAUCAUUUGUUGUGAAUUAUUUACCUUUUCAUCUAGAUGAAAAGAGGAUCAUGAUUCCUUCUUUAAAGAAAGAAUUGCUGUGAUAAUUAGAGGAAAUAAUGGACUUUAAGUGAUUUGCAAACCAUUAAAGCUCAUCUUAAAAAUUACA